AGCCGAAGCCAGUCGCCGCCAGCCGCGCCGCCAGCCAGUCCGUCGCUAGCCGUGGCGCAGAGCGGAUCGUGGGGUCGGUGUGGAUGUUGCGUGGUGCCAGUCUGCCAGUGCGGUAGUGUAGUGAGUGACAGUGAUGCAAGCCGUGGGCGUGUUGGGGCUGGCGGCCCUGUUGGCCGCCCUCCUGGUGGCGGAGGCCCGCAUCAUGGGCGAGGUGUCGGUGCAGGAGAAGAUGCGCAUGGACGCCGACUUGUCUGAGUUCUCCAUCCGGCUGGCGUCCAGCACGUACGCCAACUCGACGCUCAUGCUGCGGCCCGUCACCGUGUUCGCGCCCAUCAACAUGGCCUUCCAGCAGUUCCCCCGGAGCGACAAGGACGAGAGCCUGGUGCUCUACCACAUCACCAACCAGCCCAUGAAGCUGGAGUCCCUGACGCAGCCCAUCGUGUACUCGCAGAUGGAGGGCAGCCCUCCGCUGUGGAUCACGCACCGCCGCGACAUGCUCAACAACGAGGACGUGUUCGUCAACAACGCCAAGAUCGACAAGAAGGACUCGGACUACAGCGGCAAGAACAGCAAGGGCCACCUGCAGGUGCUGCAUAAGAUCGACGAGGUGCUGCAGCCGGUGCGCCUCAAGCCGGGCGCCACCUCGGACAUGCUGUACAACCCCAACGCCAUGCAGCUCAUCUCGCAGAGCGGCGACUUCGACCUGGACACCCACACCAUCCGCAGCUUCGCCGAGGCCGUGUCGCGCCGCAAGGUGGACAUCUUCAACAAGGAGGGCCGCUACACCUUCUUCGUGCCCGUCGACUCUUCGUACAAGCACUUCGAGGCCGUGGACAAGACCGUCAUCGAGGGCCACGUCAUCCCCGGGCACGUGCUCUUCACCGCCCCCACCCCCAACGAGAAGCCCUACGCCACCGUCUCGUUCAGCGAGCAGAUGCAGGUCACCAUUUCCUUCACCACUGACCACAAGAAACGCAAAACCAUCGUGAAGAGCAACACGGUGAUCGGGGACGAGAAGCACCCCUCCGGCGUGGUGAUGGCCGAGGUCAUCAAGGCCAAUAUCCCGGUCCGCAACGGCGUGGUCCACUUGAUCGACAGACCCCUCAUGGUCAUCGACGCCACUGUCCAGGAGUUUGUUGAGUCAUUCAAGGAGUUCGAUCGUGAAGACGGCCCCCUGUACGAGUUCCAAAAGGUGCUCACCAACAAGGUGGACUCUGGCUUCCUCCGCGGCCUUGGCGAGAUGAAGAACUUCACCCUGUUCGCGCCGUCCAACGAGGCGUGGAAGAACCCGGCCGCGCUCGCCGCCCUCAACAACCGCACCCUCCUGAACGAGGUGAUUCGGCUGCACAUCGUGGACCAGCGGCUCCCGCUGGAGCACAUCAAGCUCAAGACGCACAGCCUCCACCACCAGGUACGCCACCACCAGCAAGGCCACCGUCACCACCCCCACCAGCUCUUCCAGGUGCGGUCUAUGUCAGACCCGAAGAACCUUUACUUCAAUGUCAUGGUUUCUGGUAGCAACCACACACUGACUGUUGAGGGAGGUGGUGUCAAUGCCACUGUCAUUCAGCCUGAUAUUGCUGCCACCAAUGGUAUCAUCCACAUUAUUGACAGAGUUCUUGGUAUUGCUAGCCAUACUGUCAAGGAAAAGUUAGCGACUGACCCAUCAAUGCUGAAAACGUAUCACUUAGGUGAGACAGAAUUUAAUGACCGUUUGAAGGACAAUAACACACGAUUCACUUACUUUGUGCCACGUGAUGUGGCGUGGCAUACCGCUGAAAUUAAAUACCCAUCUGCUAUUAAGAAGCUGUUCAUGUCCAAGUUCAAAUACCAUGCUCAUCAAAUUUUGGAGCGCCACCUUGUUGUUGCGUCUACGGCUUACACCAUGAUGGAUAUCAAGAGGAUGACUCACAGUGGCCCAGUUACCCUACACACAGUUCGAGACAAACUUGAGCUCCAACUGCAGGAGAAGGCUAACGGCUAUUACCUUAAGUGGCAAAAUGAAGAAAUCCUCGUCCACCGCGCUGAUGUCGAGUGCACUAAUGGCAUUAUUCAUGUCUUGGAUGGUGUUUUCUUGAAGGAGAGUGACAUUCGUGUCACAGCUGGUGUAUCAGGUGUUAUGCUGUCUUCGAGCUUGCAGCUGUUUGUAACGAUUCUGGCACCUUUCCUCUUUAAAUGGGUAUUGGGUUAGGACAACAAAACCACCUCUACAGACUGAGCUAACUAGUCAUACAUCCCCCUCAUUAAUGAAUGGGAGAAACUGAAAAACAAAACAAAAAAAAAAUCUCCAACAUUUUUUGACUAUACAAUAAGGAGCCUAUCAAUUUUAAGUUGCUAUUAUAGUUGUUGGAGAAAAAGUUCUUUAUUUUCCGUUUUAGGGCUUUAAGUAGCAAGAGCUUGGUUAUUGUCUUUUCUUUUAUUCUGUGAGGUUUCAUUUUUGUCCACUUCACCACAGCCUGCAAGAAGAAAGGCUGCUCUUCUAUUCAGUUGUUAUUUGUUCAAAAAGCAUUCUGUCUUACAAAUCAAGCUGAAGGUUUGACGCUGAGCUCAUCUGGAGCCCUUUGUCUUCAGACUUCCAUGCUUGAGGAGUGGCGUGUGUGGGAGGGGGCAUGACCUCCCCCCCUUUUGACACUAGACAGCCGCCUGAAAGGUAGGCAAAUUGCCAUGCGUCCGCCUGAAGGUAGGCAAAAGGCAUGGUUUGGCCCCCCUUACAAAAAUUUCUGCGUACGCUCCUAGAAAAUUAUCAAUUUAAAUUUUUUUGUGGUUUACCAGUGUUUCUGUUACUUCACAUGUUGAUGUGCAUAGGUCUUGCACUGCCUCUAUGCUAGGUUUCUAUUUUGUUACCCUUUUGUUUUUCACUUACCUAAGUCAGUAUGCUUAGAUGGAACUAAACAAAACAAAAAAGAAGUUUAAGAUCUAUCAAAUAAGAGGACCAUUGUCUCAAGAGGACAGAUAAAUUGGAGAUUGUGCAUGCGUGAUGAUAGGAGGAGGCAUGUGAAAACAACUUCACUUGCUGCAAAUGCAGACAAUAAUCAUGAAAAUUCAGUAUGUCUAAAUGGAUACUGGCUCAUAUGUGAGGUUUUGGAGCAGAUUUCUAACACACUCUCAGUAAAUCAGAAAUUUUAAUAAUGAGAAAUGCCCUUUUCCCUCGUUAUUAUUAAUUUUUAAAAAUUUCUUCUUUGAUCAUUGGCCUGAUUUAAUUUGGCUUUGCCAAUGUUUGUUUUCUCAAACUGCCAUUCUUGACGUGUUCAAAGUGAAAUUCCAAUAAGGUGUAUGUGCAAUGUUGAAAAAGCAUCUCAUAGAAAAGUACCUUGAAAUGAGAUAGUGCAAAACAGACUCUAAAAUAAUUAAAUUUAGGUCGUUCAGGAUGUGUUAGUACGUCUUUUAGGGCUGUCAGUAAUGUGUAAGUAGCAGAGCAAUAGUAAAUUCAGCAAUUGUAGUGAUUACACUCCCUUCUCUACUUUGAGAAUUUGGAUGACUUGUUUCACUUAAGUUUGCUGCUUAUUUAAGUGCUUGAAAUGUGAUCAGAGAAGGCCAGGUUUCCAAUUUUUGGCCGUUGUUCUUAAAAGGAUCGCUCGGACUGAUGUGUCAUAUUCCCCAAUGGCUGCAGCUGAGCCAAUUUAGUUUCGGCCAUGAUGGGUCACCAAAGACAUCCAUGGAUAUGCCUGUUGUCAUCCAUGGAAUGAUAUACGCCUUUUUAUACAUAAUGUAUAUUUAUUUACCAUGCAUUUUUUAGCUUUACAACAGCAUAUUUUUAAGGGAGUAAAACAAGCUGUAUCUUAAUGAUACUAUCCUAAACGGAUUCUCAAAACCACCAACUACCUUGUCUAGUUUAAUAUAUGAAAACUGCAAAUGCAUAAUUCUAAUUAUGCUGGCACAUUGUUACUCGUAGGUGUUUAAUGUACAUAACAUGUUUGUAAAUGACUCAGUACACUGACACUGUAAGUAUUUACUGUAUGUGUGCCUGAUACUGAACAUUUGAAGUGUGAGUAUCACAUGUAUGUAAGUGAGUGAGAAUGUUGAAAAAUUUCUGUCAAAUGUUUUGAAGUGAAUGUGUGAAUUCUUCACAACUAGGGUGAAAAGGAAGGUUUUGGAAAUUGUGAAGAAGGACUCAAGGGUGCAUGUGGAUCAAUUUAUUUGAGUCUCAAUCCUUACCAUAGUCUUAAUGUAGGAAAUUUAUGUUUGUGCUGUGCAGGAUGUCUACCUUAAAUCGCAUACAUCCCUUCCCUUGCUUUGGAGAAGUUGCUGGUUGAAGCCAUUUGUGUAGUUUGUAUGUGAUUCAGUGUAUCAGUUAUUUGGCCAGAUUUUCUCUUGAGACUAGAUAUUUUAAUUCAUCAUGAUCAUGUAUUCUCAGUGAAAACUUCAAGUGUAUUUCAAAGUACAUAGAGUUACCCAUUUAAACUGCUUGUAUUUAAUUACAACUUUUGGAAGAUUACCAGUCAAGUUAUUUAAUUAAUCUCAAUGUCUGAUUUUUUUUUCUUUCUUUUCCUUGAAUAUUUAUUCUUCAUUUAUUAUUCUGGCAAAAUAGUGCCUGUUCGUGAUAAUUAUACUCAACCUGAUCAGUGUUAUGUUUGUAAAGCAAGCUGGUGUCUGGUUUCAAGUGGAGUUUGGCUUGAAUACCACAAGAUAUUAAUUUUUAGAUAGAAUUUUGUAAGCUAGUUUAAUUCAAUUUUUGUAGCAUGGGUUUUGUGCUUCUUGACUGCGAGGGUGCUUGGAUUUAACUGUCCUACAAACAAAUUGAUCAAUUGUUCAUUUAUUUUGCAUCAAACUUGUAUAUUUACUAAGGAUGGAAGUUAUUUAUUGCCUCUUUAUUCAGCUGGACGAUUUAGAAAACCAUUGCACUUCACACACAUGUCGAGGGGUCCUAUUCAAAAGAUCUCAUCUGGGCGUUCCCCCCACCCCCAAGACAAUCUUAUCUUAAACGCAGGUAAAUUUCACAUAGUUUGAUCAUUUGAUACAGCUACAUAUCAACAUAAUUUGUGAGUUUCAUGAAGUAAAUCUAAAGAUGGAAGAUCAAUGAAACCAAAAGUGCAUGUAGAAAUAUGUUUCGCUCACCGUCGUAUUUAUUCUGAUUCAUCAAAAUGAGUGAAAUUUGCCGGCGUUUAAGAUAAGAUUGUCUUGAGGGGAACACCCAGAUAAGAUCUUUUGAAUAGGACCCCUCGAUGUGUGUGUAUAGUUGACGCAAAAUAAAUUGUAAUUACAGUUCUUGUUUAGAAGUUUUACAUCGUAAAGAUUCACUAACUAGUAUAUCAUCAAUUAACAACUGCCAAACUGCUUAUUUUUUAUAUCUGAUUGGGUAAAAAGAUAUAGGGAAUGUAAAACUUCUGUAAAUCAAAAUCUCAUGGUACCCUUUUUGUUCACUCGUAACUAUUAAUAUCCCUUAAGUAAGUCAAAAACCAUGUCUACUUACACCCAUUCAAAAAAUGAUUUAAGAGCAUAACCCUAUAAAAAGAAAGAUACAUGAACACAGAGCUUUGUAGGCAAUGUGCUGAUUUCAGGAGUUGGGAGUGAAUCUAUCUGAAUGUAGCUGAUUAUUCAUAGUGGACUCAAGGAAAUGCAGAGUCGAAAGUUACUGCAAGUAGAUGGUAGCGGGUACUGCUGAAUCUCAUCACUGUUAUGGAAGAAUUGACCUUAGGACAGUUGAAAAUGUAUCCUACUUCACCUCACAAUUAUGGGGCAGAGUUUAUGUGGCAUGUCCCCUGCAAUAAAUGCUUUACAUUCCA